UGCUGCAUGUGGCGCUUGGGGACAAAAUGCUUUCUCUGAAGAAAUAUUUCACGGAAGGCCUCAUCCAGUUCACCAUCCUGCUCAGCCUCAUAGGCGUUCGCGUGGACGUGGACACCUACCUGACCUCGCAGCUSCCCCCUCUGCGGGAGAUCAUCCUCGGCCAGAGCUCCGCGUACACUCAGACCCAGUUUCACAACCUGCGCAACACCUUGGAUGGAUAUGGCAUCCAUCCAAAGAGCGUAGACCUGGACUAUUACUUCACAGCUCGCAGGCUCCUCAACCAGGUGAGGGCCCUGGACAGGUUUCAGGUGCCCAGCACUGAGGUCAAUGCCUGGUUGGUGCACAGAGACCCCGAGGGCUCCGUGUCCAGCACCCAGCCCGGCGCCGGCAUCGCCCUCGAGAACGGCGGCGCCCUGCAGGAUGGGAGCAGCCCCGAGAGCCCUGGCGGCGGCGUGAGGGAGAGCGGAGCUGAGCAGGGCUUUGGUGAAGAGCUGGAAGAUUUGGGAGCGGUGGCACCUCCGGGGAACGGAGACCUCACCAAAGAGGUAGGCACUGCCUUUUUUCACCUGCAUUGCUCUGGUCUGAGCUCGGUCAAGCAGCUCGGGAAAAGGGGCAGAGAAGGGGCUGAAUUUGACUCCGUGGCUCCGGGUUCACCUCCUGCGGUGCCGGGCGCGGCGGAGCAGGCGGCGCUGUCCCUGGACGAGUGCCUGCGGCUGCUGGAGGCCGCCUUCCCCUUCGGGGAGCACCCGGAGUUCCCAGCCGCAGACGUCUCCACCCUGAGCGGAGCCCUGAGCGGAGCGGCGCCCAGCGAGAGCCGGGCGGGCGGCCAGGACCUCCUGCCCCCCCUGCUCGCCGACGCCGAGGCCCCCUUCGACCUGGAGCAGCAGUGGCAGGACCUCAUGUCCAUCAUGGAGAUGCAGGCCAUGGAAGUGAGCGACACGAGCRCUGAUGCCCUGUACGGCGGCUCGAGCGCGGAGCUGCUGAGCGCCAACUACAGCCUGGCGCCCGGCACCCCCAUCAACGAGAACGUGAGCCUGCAUCAGGCCUCGCUGGGCGGCUGCUCCCAGGACCUGCCGCUCUUCAGCUCGGACAUGGAGAGCCCCGCGGCGGCGGGCGGCCCGGCCCUGCUGCAGCUGGCGCCCGACAACUCCACGGGCCUCAACUCCACCUUCGGCGCCACCAACCUGAGCGGCAUCUUCUUCCCGCCGCAGCUCAACGGCACCGGCAACGAGACGGGUGGCCCCGAGCUGCCCGACCCGCUGGGCGGGCUCCUGGACGAGGCCAUGCUGGACGAGAUCAGCUUGAUGGACCUGGCCAUUGAGGAAGGCUUCAACCCCGUGCAGGCCUCCCAGCUGGAAGAAGAGUUCGACUCCGACUCAGGUCUUUCUCUGGAUUCUAGCCACAGUCCUGCUUCCCUCAGUAGCUCGGAAGCCUCSUCCUCCUCGUCCUCCUCGUCCUCCUCUUCCUCCUCGUCCUCCUCCUCCUCGUUUUCCGAGGAAGGGGCUGUCGGCUACAGCUCAGACUCUGAAAACGUGGACUUUGAAGAGGCGGAAGGGGCCGUCGGCUACCAGCCCGAGUACAGCAAGUUCUGCCGCAUGAGCUAUCAGGACCCCUCGCAGCUUCACUACCUGCCUUACCUGGAGCACGUUGGCCACAACCACACCUACAACAUGGCCCCCGGGGCGCAGGAGCCYGAGGAGCCCAAGCUGCCCAGCAACGCGGGCAAGAAGAGCGGCAAGGAGAAGCCCUCCGAGCUGCUGGACAAGCAGAUGAGCAGGGACGAGCACCGCGCCAGAGCCAUGAAGAUCCCCUUCACCAACGACAAGAUCAUCAACCUGCCCGUGGAGGAGUUCAACGAGCUGCUCUCCAAGUACCAGCUGAGCGAGGCCCAGCUGAGCCUCAUCCGGGACAUCCGGAGACGCGGCAAGAACAAGAUGGCAGCGCAGAACUGCCGCAAGAGGAAGCUGGACACCAUCCUCAACCUGGAACGGGACGUCGAGGACUUGCAGAGGGACAAGUCCAAACUGCUCAGGGAGAAGGUGGAGUUUCUCAAGUCCAUCCGGCAGAUGAAGCAGAAGGUGCAGAGCCUCUACCAGGAGGUGUUCGGCCGGCUGCGCGACGAGAACGGGCGGCCGUACUCGCCGAGCCAGUACGCGCUGCAGUACGGCAGCGACGGCAGCGUGCUCCUCCUGCCGCGCGCGCUGGCCGAGCAGCAGGCCCGGCGCCACGACAGGAAGCAGAAGGACCGCAGGAAGUGAGAGGAGCGGCACGA